AAACGCCCAUCUACUGUAAGUUAAUGCUUUCCUUUAUUAAAUGACCUCGAUAACUUCUGGCGUUAUUUGUUGUUUACUUGUUGUUUACUCGUUGUUUACUGCCCAAGUACCUGCCUUAGGUAUGUUUGACGAUGAGAAAGGGAUGCUGCAUCCUGUGCUUUUUGAGUCUAGCUUCAGAAGCUCCUUCUCGAUUGUUGCUAUUCCUGUAGUUCCCCAUUUUGUACCUCUGAUAUUUCGUUAAGCU